GUGAGCGCCGCGGAGCCGCGUGUGGGGCCGCACGGCCGGAGAGCCGCGGGUCUGGCACAAUGAGCUUCGUGGCCUAUGAGGAGCUGAUCAAGGAGGGUGACACAGCCAUCCUGUCUCUGGGCCACGGUUCCAUGGUGGCAGUGCGCGUGCGGCGCGGGGCACAGACUCAGACCCGGCACGGUGUCCUGCGACACUCAGUGGACCUCAUCGGCCGGCCCUUUGGCUCCAAAGUGAUCUGCAGCCGGGGCGGCUGGGUGUACGUGCUGCACCCCACGCCUGAGCUCUGGACUCUGAAUCUGCCACACCGGACACAAAUCCUCUACUCCACCGACAUUGCCCUGCUCACGAUGAUGCUGGAGCUGCGGCCUGGCUCCGUGGUCUGCGAGUCUGGGACCGGCAGCGGGUCCGUGUCCCACGCCAUCAUCCGCAGCAUCGCCCCCACGGGCCACCUGCACUCGGUGGAGUUCCACCAGCAGCGAGCAGACAAGGCCCGGGAGGAGUUCCAGGAGCACCGCGUGGGCCGCUGGGUGACCGUGCACACCCAGGACGUGUGCCGCAGCGGCUUUGGCGUGAGCCACGUGGCCGAUGCUGUCUUCCUGGACAUCCCUUCUCCCUGGGAGGCCGUGGGCCACGCCUGGGACGCCCUCAAGGUCGAAGGUGGACGCUUCUGCUCCUUCUCGCCGUGCAUCGAGCAGGUGCAGCGCACGUGCCAGGCGCUGGCGGCCCGCGGCUUCGCCGAGCUGAGCACGCUGGAGGUGCUUCCCCAGGUGUACCACGUGCGCACCGUCAGCCUGCCCCUGCCCGACCUGGGGGGCGCGCCCACCCCGGCGGGCGCCGACGCCGGCCCUUUCCGCAGCGGCACCCCUAUGAAGGAGACGGUGGGCCACACUGGCUACCUGACCUUCGCCACCAAGACCCCGGGCUAGGGGGCCUGGGGGGCCGUCGGGAUGGACGCGGCCUGGACACGCAGGGGGCCGAGGCUGCCUUCCUUCCGUGGCCCGCAGACGCCUGCCGAAAGACCCGUGUUCCACACAGACGGCGGGGCUGGGCGGGGCUCUGGCGAGGCGCUGCGGCCGCCCCGGCUGCCCGCCGCUCCUGAGGCCGGGCUCCGGCCUGCCUGCUGGCGGCUGGCAACAUGAAGUCUCCGCGGCCACAGCCUCUCCUGGGUGUUGAGGUCCAGGGGCACCGGGGGACUUGAGCCACUCCGGAGCCGGACGCCAGGAUCAAGCUGACGCAUAAAGUCCCGGCCUGCCCCGUCUGCUGAGGGGACUGAGGGGGCCCAGGGCACGGGGAGGCGACCCUCCAGCCUGGGGCUGCACUGGCCACACGUGAGCCUCCCGGCCUCCGGGGGCCUCGUGUCCCUGGGGCAGGCACUGCCCAGCCAGAGCCCCCGUCACCUUCAGGAUCUGCGUGACCCGGGGAGGGAGCCGAGCUGCCCACAGAUGACUGCCCGUCACGAGGCCUGGGGCCACCCGCUCACGAAGCCCCAGAGCCUCCCACGGAGCUGCGCCGCCCCGCCCGGCCGGCGCCCAGGUCAAGCUCUGGGGCCUGGUUCAGGGUCAGCCACCAGGAAUCCGCCUUGUGCCCGAGUACCCGACAGUAAUA